AUGGCUCUAAAGUACCUGGUGCAUUUAACCGUGGUUCUGGUGGCAUUACUGCCUUUGUCUCUCCUUCCUGUUGGCACCCUUACGGUUCAUUGUGUGUAUCUGCCUCCACCCUUAUCUUCGGAUAAGGUGCUCUCGCUUCUUCGCUCGUUACCCGUAACCAGUGAUACCAUCCUUUGUGGUGAUUUCAAUGCUCGCUUUGGAUCUCUACUGGGUGAUACUAAUGCUAAUCCUCGUGGUACCUCACUACUUCCAUGGCUGGAGGAGUCCUCUUUUUCCAUUCUCAAUGAGUCUUUAGCAUUUGGUACACCCACAUUCACAACUUUUCGACGUCAACAAGAGGUUCAUAGCAUCAUUGAUCUGUUUCUUACAAACAUUGGCGAGGCUGCUCUGUUACAUCCUCAACUGGUGGUUGAAUCUGAUCUGUCUCUUGGCUCUGAUCAUCGGCUGAUGGUACUUACUUUCGAGUAUGUGCCCCCUCCUGAUGAUACUCUUGGUUCUGGUAGCUCUGGUGGUUUGGCCCCUAGACGGCAAUGGAAGCUCUCGAAAUUGAGGAAAAAGCGGCCUUUGGGCUUGCUUCGUGAAUCCUUUCGAUCUUCUGUUGCUCCUUUGGUUGGUUCUCUCUCUGGUUUGGUGUCUGCUCCUCCUGGUGUUUGUCCAGAUAUUGAUGCACUCAACGAUUCUUUGAAUCAAUGUUUGUAUGAAUCUCUGGAUAGCUCAAUUGGUGUGAAAUCUGGUCGUCCUGGCCACUGGAAAAAGUACUGGACACAGGAAAUUGAGGAUGCUGCUCGUGAAAGAGAUACUAUGUAUAGUAGAUGGAGGUGGGCAAGUCGUUUUGCCAAAGUCGAAACAUGGAAUCUCUAUCAAGCUGCUCACAGGCGUUUUCGUUCUCUUGUACAAGCUGCUAAGCGUCGAUCGUGGAAUCAGUUUUGCUCUGAUUUAGAAAAGGACUUUUCGAAAGCUACUGCUGCAAUCAAGCGCAUUAAAAGAAACAAGGAAUGCUCUGCAACGUAUAGUCAUCCAGAUGGUCCAACUGCCUCUGUCAACACAAUGGCGUCCCAUCUUGCCUCAGUCUAUGAUGGCUCUUUGUUGAAUAAUGCGUCUCGCCCUACUGCUCCCCAAGUGAACAACUCUGAUUUGCCUUACGCUGUGCCUACUGAUCUGUCUCUGUUUGAUGCUGAUAUACUUGUCGCUCUCAUUAAGCGUUUGCCAAAUGGGAAAGCUCCUGGUCCUGAUCAUCUGAAAGCUGAAAUGCUGAAGGCUCUAGCAUCUGACAUUGCACCCGUAUUGUCUCUGCUCUUUACACUCUGCUCUCAGUGGUCGUAUACACCAGCUCUAUGGCGACAUGCUCAAGUCUUUCCCAUUUACAAGAAAGGUGAUGUAUCUGAUCCUGCAAACUUUCGUCCAAUUUCGCUUACUUCGGUGAUGCGUAAAUUGUUCGAAUUCUCUCUGAUGCCUGCUCUUGAUGAACAUUCGCCUGCACUUGAUGUUGCUCAAGGUGGUUUUCGCCCACAGCGUAGUCCUCUGGAUCAAGCCCUCUGUUUACAUGACUUGAUGCACGACUACUUCCUCACCCACCAUCACUAUCCUGUGGUUGCUUUCCUGGACAUCAAAUCAGCGUAUGAUACCGUGGAUCGUCGAGUGAUUUGGGAUGCUCUCUCUCGUUCUUCUCUGCCUCGUUCAGUUCUCAGUUUGCUCAUCCACAUGUUCGAUGAUGUACUCGUGUCUGUGUUGAUUGCAAAUCACACCUCUGUUCCCUUUUCGCCUGCUACUGGCGUAUUGCAGGGUUCAGUGCUCAGCCCUCACUUGUACUCUCUGUACAUCAACUCUCUGCCUGCUGUUCUUCGUUCUGCUGUCAGUCGCGGUACUAUGGUAUCACCACCUGGGAUGCCUAGUGUUUGCGUGAAUAGCCUGCUCUUUGCUGAUGAUGUGGCCAUAUUUGGCUCUCGUACUGAUGUGCAAACCAUGUUGGAUGUCGCUUCAGAUCACUCGUUCUCUCUUGGCUACAGAUGGAAACCAUCUACAUGUGCGAUGUUCUCUGCACGGAUUACGAAUUCGUUAUUGUUGCGCUUUAUCAUAUUUCUGUAUAAAGAAUGA